AUGGGAGGGUCACUAUCGCGGCUUUGGUCCUUGUUCUGGUCAAAGAAGGAGAUUCGGAUUCUUAUUCUCGGACUUGACAAUGCUGGAAAGACCACCCUUCUCUACAGAUUGAAGAUCGGCGAGGUCGUGACUACGAUACCUACCAUCGGAUUCAACGUGGAAUCGGUGACGUACCGAAAUCUCAACUUCAACGUCUGGGAUCUUGGAGGCCAAACAUCUAUCCGUCCUUACUGGCGGUGUUACUACGCCAACACGGCUGCUGUUGUUUUCGUAAUUGAUUCCACAGACGUUGAACGACUCAGCACGGCAGCAGACGAGCUUUCCGCUAUGCUAAACGAAGAAGAACUGCGCGAGGCAGCCCUCCUAGUAUUCGCCAACAAACAGGAUCAGCCCGGUGCGAAGGGCGCUGGAGAGAUCUCAGAAGCUCUUAAGCUCGGUGAAUUGCGGGAUAGGAACUGGAGCAUCGUGGCUUGCUCGGCAAUUGAUGGUAAGGGUCUGAACGAGGGUAUGGACUGGUUGGUGGUACGUUGA